UUAUUUUGAAGGCGGAGCCGCACGCCUCGGUCUGGUGCUCCACAGCUGGCAGGAUCUCUAACGUGUGAGCGGGUCGUCAAAGCGGAGCUCCGCUGCCUCCAGAGGGCCGCCGCAGACAUCACUCUGAUCCCGUUGUGAGUCCACUUCAACGUGACGAUGGCAGACAGCUCACACUGUUUCUACUGUCGCGAAGACCUUGGGGGGAAGAGGUUCGUACGUAGCGAAGGCCGGCCGGUUUGCAUCCGCUGCCACACCAAGUUCUGCGCCAACUCCUGCGCCGAGUGCCACCGACCCAUCUCUGUGGAGACCAAGGAGCUCAGCCACAAGGGCCGAUACUGGCAUGAGGAGUGCUUCCGUUGUGCAAAGUGUUACAAGCCUCUGGCCAAGGAGCCCUUCAGCACCAAGGACGACCGCAUCAUGUGUGGGAAGUGCUGCUCCAGAGAGGAUGCUCCACGCUGCCACGGAUGCUACAAACCCAUCCUGGCCGGUACAGAGAGCGUGGAAUACAAAGGGAACUCGUGGCACGAUGAAUGCUUCACCUGUUGCAACUGUAAACGACCAAUAGGAUCACAGAGUUUCCUCUACAAAGGAAAUGACAUUUACUGCAGCCCCUGCCAUGACAAGAAAUUCGCCAAACACUGUGUCAGCUGCAAAAAGCCUAUAACCUCUGGUGGAGUGAACUACCAGGACCAGCCGUGGCACGGUCACUGUUUCGUGUGCAGCUCCUGCUCGAAGCCUCUGGCGGGGUCCAGUUUCACAAACCACCAGGACCAGGUCUUCUGUGUCGACUGCUACAAGACCUCUGUGGCUAAGAAAUGCAGCGGCUGCCAACAUCCCAUCACAGGUUUUGGGAAAGGAGUGAACGUCGUGAACUACGAGGGCAGCUCCUGGCAUGAAUACUGUUUCAACUGUAAGAAGUGCUCCCUCAGUCUGUCCAACAAGCGUUUCGUAGCCAAAGGAAGAGACAUCCUCUGCACUGACUGCGGCAACAAAUAGCGACGGACAGCUUGCAGUGAUUUUUGUAACCAUCAUGAUAAAAAAAAAAAACCCAGCUUUUCAGGCUUUAUUUUUAUAUAUAUAUACAUUUCAGUAUAAUCAAGUUGAGCUUCAGGGAGACUGAAAAUUAAGUGAUGGGAACGUAAUGUAAUUUUUAUCAAAUGCUGAUGGUUUGCUCUGAUGCUGCACACUGAUGCUACAAGAUAGUGGUUUGUCCUCCAGCUCUGAAUAGCUUAGAAAACGAGUUGACGAGUUGGACAGUUUCCUAUAGGAGACAUAAAAUAUGCUGGUCCACAUAAAACUAUACAACCUGGUGAUGCAGCAGAAAAAAAAUAACCACUACGCUGGAAUUCCAAGAGCUCCUGGUUGUGAGUCUUUGCUUUCAUUCAACACCGAUUUCACUGAAGAGUUAGCAUUAAGCUAACGGCUACCUUGUAUUUUUAAAAGCUGAGAAAUCGGUGCACGUUAUGUUGCAGUUAGGUGAUAUAAAUCUGAAAUAAAGAUGUGAAUUGUGAUUGUUUGAAUUGCAUUUUUCAUCUUUUUUCUAACAAAAAAUAGCUGAUAAUGUUAGUAGCUUUAAUGUCUACAUGGGGUUUUUCUACAUUUGAAAAGUUAUAUCUUUCUGUGCUUAAAUAAUCAAAAUCAUGUGUAACUGCUAACUGAUAUUGCUAUGCUUAAUGUACAGUAUGUUUUAAGUAAAUGAAACUAUAUGCACUUUUACGAAUUGUUUUUGCUCCGAAGAAAGGGGAAAAUAAAUACCAGUUUUGAAAUAUAUAUGCAAACUGCAUGCCUUGAUGGGUUGUUGUAAUGGAAUAAACUUUCUACAAAACUUGAGAAA